AUGGAGCAGGAGGGGGAGGAAGAGGAGGAUGAGGAAGAGAAGACUAUGCAGGAGGAGGAGGAGGAGGAGGAGGAGGAGGAACAGGUGCUCGAGCCGUGUCCCCUGACGGAGGAGAACAUGAAGGAGGGCCUCUCUCUGCUGUGUAAAACUGGCAAUGGCCUGGCUCAUGCCUAUGUGAAGUUUGAAGCGAAGGAGAAGCACUUGACGGACAUCAGCCUCCUUCAGCGCUACAUYCACCUGCGGUACGUGAACUUGUCGGAGAACAAGCUGCGGGACUUGUCUCCGCUGAGCAGCCUAACGCACCUGCUUUGGCUGAAGGUGGAUGGAAAUCUGCUUACGAGUGCCUGCAUGCAGGAGCUGCCCUACCUUCAGAUCAUCAGCUUUGCUCACAACCGCAUCAAGGAUAUGGAGGGCAUUACUCACCCCCGCUUAGCCAACCUCAGCCUUAAAGGAAAUAAAAUCAAGGCAGCGCUGGGCCUGAGUCAAGGACAGUUGUUCAGCCUGCAUAUCUUGGAACUGCGAGGAAACAAGCUGGAGAGCACAGCAGGGCUAAACCUUCCCAAGCUCAAGACACUGUAUCUGGCCCAGAAUGUCAUUAGAAGCCUUGAAGGCCUCGAGGGCCUAGGACAGCUCACAACUCUGCACCUGCGUGACAACCAGCUUGAAACCCUGGACGGCUUCUGUAGUACCAUGAAGUGCCUGCAGUACCUCAACCUGCGGAGCAAUGCGAUCAGUAACCUUCAGGAGGUGGCAAAACUACAGGUGCUCCCCAUGCUGCGGGCACUGGUGCUGUUGGACAACCCAUGCUCUGAUGAGGCUGAUUACCGGGUGGAGGUCCUGGUCAUGCUGCCCCACUUGGAGCGCCUGGACAAAGACUUCUUUGAGGAGGAUGAGCGGACAGAGGCAAACAAAAUCCGUCAGCAAAGGCAGGAAGAAGAACAGGAAAUGGAGGAAUUUGCUGAAGAUGAUGUGACUGAGUGAUCCUGGCUUUUCCUACUUGUUCCUCGAGCCCUUCAUGAUAUGGAGAUGUCCUUGCACUACUGGCAUAUGUGGCAGGGAAAGCAAGAGCUCCAGGUGGCUGCAUGUGCCAGGAGAAAAGGGGAGGAUUAGGCACCCCGGUCCUGGAGACUGCCCUGAGGAACUGCAGGGCUCGUGCGUUCACUGCGCACACACACUACUCUCAGUAAGGCCCUGAGGCAAAAGCAAGAGUUGUA